UCUUUAUAGAGUUCAAUUAAAAAUGAAUAUCAAGGGGAAAACAGCUCUGAUAACAGGGGGCGCUAAUGGAAUAGGUUACCUUUAUGCUAAAGAACUACUUCGCAAUGGUCUUAAGUGCGUUUAUAUAAUGGAUUUACCUAAUUCCGAAGGCGACGUAGCAGUGACGAAACUUGAGGCAGAGUUUGGCAAAAGUCGAGCAGUCUUUCUCGUUUGUGAUGUAUCGAAAGCAAAGGAUUUUGAACUGACCUUCAAAGAGGUUCUUGAUGCUUGCAAAGACUUGGACAUAUUGAUCAAUAAUGCUGGUAUUAUGAAUGACAGUCGCUGGGAGUUCAUGAUCGAUCUGAAUUUGAAAGCUCUUGUGAGAGGAACUUUGAUGGCUAUUGAUCACAUGGGAAAACACAAAGGUGGAAAAGGUGGAACGGUGGUGAAUAUAGCCUCAACAGUUGGCUUGAAUGCUUAUCCGUACUUUCCUGUUUAUUGUGCUACAAAGCAUGCUGUUAUCGGCUUCAGCUCAUCCAUACAGGAAUUGUAUGAAAAGACUUGUGUACGUAUUUUAACAAUGUGUCCAGCUGUUACUAUAACAGCCCUCAUCACAGAGUGUGCUAAUAAGGCCCUUGAAAUAAUGGACAAAGAUGAAUUGAUAGCUGAUAUAAAAAAACGUCCUUCUCAGUCGGCUGAACAUGUUGCACGAGCGUUGAUGGAUUUGAUUGAGAAAGGUGAUAAUGGUGCAAUUUGGGUUUGCGCAAAAGGAGAACCACCUUAUGCCAUUAAAAGACCAACCUAUUCGGACUACCGUAUUUUCCAGUAAACAGCUUGAUUAAUGUUAUAAGUUUUAUGUUAACAUGCUAUGAAUCAUAAAACGUUUAUGCAUAA